AUGAAUCAAGAAGAUAUAUCAGGCGAUGAACUUAGUGACAUCGUUAUCUGCUUUCGAUAUGUGCCGGUACUACUAUGUCAACAGCCUGAUAACGUAUUUAAUGCUACAGAAUGGUCUUGCAAAAUAAUUAAUCAGGAAUUUUUUCAUGCAAUUCAUGAUGCCACAAUAUUCAAUGAUGGCCAAUUGGAUAAUCUUCUUAUUGCAUCAUACGAAGGUAUCAAUUGGCUUUAUUUCAAUCCCGAAUCAGAACAGUGGAAGAUCGAGCAUGUUGGAGAUGGUGAGCAAGAAAAAAUUCCACAGGCAAUAUACUGGUGUAAUGGAGACAUUGAUGUAGGACGAAUCGAAAAUGAGCCUCUGCCUUACAUGGUUGCUAUCAAACCUUUUCAUGGCAAUGUAAUUUCAGCUUACGUUAAAAAUACGAAGAAUUCUUUAAAAAAUAUUCAAUGGAAAAGAUAUACACUAGAUGUUUAUGGAUAUCCUAAUGAUAAUGGUGAAAGUUCAGCUCAUUAUAUUGCUUGUGGUGAUUUUGACAAAGAUAGAGAUGAUGAAUUCUUAGUUGCACUUUGA